GAUCCUAAUGAGCCAAGGUUACUCUUGCGGGAACAGUUAAGUUUAACUAGAUCAAAUUCAGAUUCUGGAUUAGAGAUUUGCAAAAUGCUCAGUCUAAGCCCCGAAGAAAUUCUUCGCUACCGCGGCAACUCGCUGCCAAAACUUUUGGUCAGUGACGACUCUGAUUCAGGCUCUGAUUUUUUAGUUAUUAACUCGUCGGAUGAGGAGCAGGUCAUGACAGACAGCUCAGAUAAUGAACAGGAU